UUUUCCCUCUUUUGCCUGCUAUUUUCUCUCCCAAUCUAACAUAUGAUUUGAUCUGGUUUAGAGUUCUCUUUGGAGUUUAGAAUAUUUGUUUUCUGUCCCAGGAUAUUUUUUAUAAGAAACUAACUUCAAGAGUAGUGUGCUAGUACUAACCUGAGCUUAAAUUAAAAUUGGCUUAUAUUAGGCAGUCAGAGACAGGAAAAAUAAGAGUUAUGCAAAGAAAAUGGGGUUUAAAGUAGUAGGUUCUAUCAUCUCAAUUCAUUUUUUCCGUGAAACUUCCUCCUUCCAAGAUUCAUUCCUUCUCUCAGAUAAUGGCAGUGUGGGUAUUGUCCUUGAGAAAGCACAGCUACAGCAGAGCCUGCUGAAUAGCAAUUUGUGAUUUGAAGCAUCUUGAGGGAUCCUAAUCUAGACCAGCUUAUUUCUUUAAGGAUCCCAAAUGUGUUGCAUCUUUCAUGGUAAGUUUCUCCUCUGAAGAGGGUACGUGGGGUGUGUGUAUUUAAAUCCAUUCUAUGUAUUAUUGAUUGUCCUGUGUAGAAAGAUGGCAAUUAUUCUCUUUCUCCAAGUUAGAGCCACAUUGUAAGACAGUGUAAAGAGAACUUAUCUUUCCCCCACUUUUUUUUAAGGACAGGAUCUUGCUGUGUUGUCCAGGCUAGACUUGAACUCCUGGGCUCAAUAAUCCACCUCAGCCUUCUGAGUAGCUAAGACUACAGCCCAUCUUACUUCUUUAAAUCACUUAGGAAGAGAACUUUUCCUUCAAAUAUUCUUUUUAGAAUUAGUUCAAUCAUUCCUAAAACAUCAAAAUGCUGGUCUUCCACCAUGAAAAAUAGAUUGUCACUGGAAAGAACAGUAGCAAUUUCCAUAAGGAUGUGCCUUCACACACAUGGGAGAGGCAGUGGUUAUGGAAUCGGGCAAAACCAGCAACAGAGUAUGACCAGCAAAGCCAAUCUGCUUAAGAAGGAGGAUAGUAAGGAAGGAAAGUAGCCACUAAGUGUCUGAGUCUGACUGGGCUACAGAAUUUCAUUGCACGCCUAUGGAAAUACCAACCAAAUUUGGAAGAUUUGUAAAUUUUUUUUUCAGAGAGGAAAGGUUCACCUUCCUGGUUUUGAUUCUCACUGGUUAGUGUGUGUUACUAUAAUCACAGCUCUGACUCCAAAUGACUAAAUUUCUCAAUCAGAAAAUAAUAGAAGCUUUCUAAGCAACUUGGAAGAAAACAGUCAUAAAUAAGCAAUUGAUGGAUUUUACUACAGAAGCAACAACUAAAGAGGCAGUGUUUUUACUUUUAGACUCCUGGAUUCCCAUUCUAUAGUCUCUCUCUCUCUCUUUUUUUUUUUUUUUUUUUUGAGAGGAUAGUUUCAUUCUUGUUGCCCAGGCUAGAGUGCAGUGGUACAGUGGCACAAUCUUGGCUCACUGUAACCUCAGCCUCCUGGGUUCAAGUGAUUCUCCUGCCUCAGCCUCCCCGAGUAGCUGGGAUUACAGGCAUGCAUCACCACGCCUGGCUAAUUUUGUGUUCUUAGUAGAGAUGAGGUUUCUCCAUGUUGGUCAGGCUGGUCUCAAACUCCCAACCUCAGGUGAUCCGCCCGCCUCAGCCUCCUAAGUGCUGGGAUUACAGGUGCGAGCCACUGCACCUGGCCUCUCUCACUCUGCUUUUAAGAACCCUCCUUUUGCAAUAGAUGCCCAAACAGAUGUUUAUUACUUGUUUUUUAUUUGGCCUCAAACAGUGUAUGUAUUUUUGAUAUAAUUUAUAAAAUGUGAGAUAUAAGGUGAACUACCAAAUAAGGUCUUCUAGGGUUAGAAGAAUGCAGGAAGCCUUUGAUCAUAACCCUGAAGGCUUUGUAUAUUUGAUCACUUGUGAUCUAACCCUGGAAGAAAAAGAGCUCAGAAACCACUAUGAAAAGAUUUAUUCAGUGUCUUCUGUGUUCCUGUAGGUUCUGGAGUCUAACGAUGCAAAGAUGAAUAAGAUAAAUUCUCAGGAUUCAGCUAUAAUCUUGUUUUCUGGUAUAUGACAUCUUUUUUUUUGAGAAGGAGUCUUGCUCUGUCGCCCAGGCUAGAGAACAAUGGCAUGAUCUCGGCUCACUGCAUCUCCGCCUCCCAGGUUCAAGCGAUUCUCCUGCCUCAGCCUCCUGAGUAGCUCAGACUACAGACUGUGACUCCCUGGACAGGCAAAGGAAAAUGCCUCGGUCACCCUGAUGCCUCCAAGCCUCGUGACAGGAGCUAAGGAUGGCAGAUACAGAGAUCUCGGGGCCACCUUGCGGCUGCCUGACCCUCCUGGGAGCUUGAGCACCACCCCAUUUCUGAAGCUCCUGGCAGUUGCUCAAUAAAUGGCUGAGAUGCGGCUGCUCCUGCUCGUGCCACUGCUGCUCGCUCCAGCGCCCGGGUCCUCGGCUCCCAAAGUCAGGCGGCAGAGUGACACCUGGGGACCUUGGGGCCAGUGGAGCUCCUGCAGCCGGACCUGUGGAGGGGGCAUCAGCUUCCAGGAGCGCUCCUGCUACUCCCAGAGGAGAGAUGGAGGCUCCAGCUGCGUGGGCCCCGCCCGGAGCCACCGCUCCUGUCGCACAGAGAGCUGCCCGGACGGUGCCCGUGAUUUCCGGGCCGAGCAGUGCACGGAGUUUGAUGGCGUGGAGUUCCAGGGGCGGCGGUACCGGUGGCUGCCCUAUUACGGCGCCCCAAACAAGUGUGAACUGAACUGCAUUCCCAAGGGGGAGAACUUCUACUACAAGCACAGGGAGGCCGUGGUCGAUGGGACGCCCUGCGAGCCUGGCAAGAGGGACGUGUGUGUGGACGGCAGCUGCCGGGUUGUCGGCUGUGACCACCAGCUGGACUCAUCCAAGCAGGAGGACAAGUGUCUGCAGUGCGGGGGUGACGGCACAACCUGCUACCCUGUCACAGGCACCUUUGACGCUAAUGACCUCAGCCGAGGCUACAACCAGAUUCUCAUAGUUCCUGUGGGUGCCACCAGCAUCCUCAUCGAGGAGGCUGCUGCCAGCAGGAACUUUCUGGCUGUGAAGAACGUUCAUGGGGAAUACUACCUCAAUGGGCACUGGACCAUUGAGGCGGCCCAGGCCCUGCCAGCAGCCAGCACCAUCCUGCAUUACGAGCGGGGUACUGAGGGGGACCUUGCCCCGGAGCGGCUCCAUGCCCGGGGCCCCAUCUCGGAGCCCCUGGUCAUUGAGCUCAUCAGCCAGGAGCCCAACCCCGGUGUGCACUACGAGUACCACCUGCCUCUGCACCAUCCCAGCCCCGGCUUCAGCUGGAGCCACGGCUCCUGGAGUGACUGCAGCAUGGAGUGUGGUGGAGGUCACCAGUCCCGCUUGGUGUUCUGUACCAUUGACCACGAGGCCUACCCGGACCACAUGUGCCAGCGCCAGCCACGGCCGGCCGACCGCCGCUCCUGCAACCUUCACCCUUGCCCAGAGACCAAGCGCUGGAAGGCAGGGCCGUGGGGGUCCUGCUCGGCCUCCUGCGGAGGAGGCUCCCAGUCCCGCUUGGUGUACUGCAUCUCGUCUGAUGGGGCUGGUGUCCAGGAGGCCGUGGAGGAGGCUGAGUGUGCCGGGCUGCCUGGGAAGCCCCCUGCCAUGCAGGCCUGCAACCUGCAGCGCUGCGCUGCCUGGAGCCCAGAGCCCUGGGGAGAGUGUUCUGUCAGCUGCGGUAUCGGCGUCCGGAGGCGGAGUGUCACUUGCCGGGGUGACAGGGGUUCUUUGCUCCAUACUGCAGCAUGCUCCUUGGAAGACCGGCCACCUCUCACCGAGCCCUGUGUGCAUGAGGACUGCCCCCUCCUCAGUGACCAGGCCUGGCAUGUCGGCGCCUGGGGUCUAUGCUCCAAGAGCUGCAGCUCGGGCACUCGGAGGCGACAGGUCAUCUGUGCCACUGGGCCGCCCAGCCACUGUGGGAGCCUGCAGCACUCCAAGCCUGUGGACGUGGAGCCUUGUAACACACAGCCCUGUCAUCUUCCCCAGGAGGCUCCCAGCAUGCAGGAUGUGCACAACUCCACCAGCAGCCCCCAGAUGCCUUUGGGCCGUUGGGAGUCCCUUGCCUCAGACUCCAGAGGCCAGUGGUGGGCAGCCCGGGGUGACCCCAGGGGAGAACAAGGUGACCCCAGAGGCAACCAGGGCACCCACCUGUCAGCCCUGGGCCCCUCUCCCUCUCUGCAGCAGUCCUCAUACCAGCAACCCCUGUGGUCUGGCUCAGGGCCCCAUGACUGCAGACACAGUCCUCAUGGCUGCUGCCCCGAUGGCCACACAGUGUCUCUCGGGCCACAGUGGCAAGGCUGCCCUGCAGCCCCCUGUCAGCAGAGCAGGUAUGGGUGCUGCCCUGAUGGUGUAUCUGUUGCUGAGGGGCCCCAUCAUGCUGGCUGCACAAGGUCAUAUGGCAGAGACAGCGCUGGGAGCAGGCCCAGGUCAAGGGCAGUGGCUUCUACAGUCCACCACAUCCACCAGCCUCAGGCCCAGCAGAAUGAGCCCACUGAGUGCCGGGGCUCCCAGUUUGGCUGUUGCUAUGAUAACGUGGCCUCUGCAGCCGGUCCUCUUGGGGAAGGCUGUGUGGGACAGCCUAGUCAUGCCUAUCCCGUGCGGUGCCUGCUGCCCAGCGCCCACGGCUCUUGUGCAGACUGGGCUGCCCGCUGGUACUUCGUCGCCUCUGUGGGCCGAUGUAACCGCUUCUGGUAUGGCGGCUGUCAUGGCAAUGCCAAUAACUUUGUCUCGGAGCAAGACUGCAUGAGCAGCUGCCAGCCUCUCCACCGGCCCCGCCAUCCCCAGCCUGGGGCCUCCGGCCAGAGCACCCACACAGAUGGUGGUGGCGGCAGUCCUGCAGGCCAGCUGGAACCCAGCCAGCACAGGACAGGGGCUGUGGUGCAGAGAAAGCCCUGGCCUUCUGGUGGUCUCUGGUGGCAAGACGAAAAGCCUGGGCCAGGGGAGGUCCCCCACAGGCAGGCCUUUGGAGAAUGGCAUCGGGAGCAGGAGCUUGAGGCCAGGGUCCCUGGACUGGGCGGAGAUGCCAGAUGGCCAGUGCCACCCUUCCAUAGCUCCUCCUACAGGAUUAGCUUGGCAGGUACAGAGCCCUCCUUGGUGCAGGCGGCUCUAGGACAGUUGGUGAGGCUCUCCUGCCCAGAUGACACUGCCCCAGAAUUCCAGGCUGCCUGGCAGAAAGAUGGCCAGCCCAUCUCCUCUGACAGGCACAGGCUGCAACCCGAUGGCUCCCUGAUCAUCCACCCCCUGCAGGCAGAGGACGCGGGCACCUACAGCUGUGGCAGCACCCAGCCAGGCCACAACUCUCAGAAGAUCCAGCUUCGCAUCAUAGGGGGUGACAUGGCUGUGCUGUCUGAGGCUGAGCUGAGCCACUUCUCUCAGCCCAGGAAUCCACCUCAGGACUUCGGCCAAGGUGGCGCUGCUGGGGUCCUGGGGGUCAUCCCCUCCUCACACCCACAGCCUGCAAACUGGCUGCGUUUGGACCAGAACCAGCCCCAGGUGGUGGACACCAGUCCAGGCCAGCAGAUCCGGCUGACCUGCCACGCCGAAGGCUUCCCACCCCCAGCCAUUGAGUGGCAGAGAGAUGGGCACCCUGUCUCCUCUCCCAGACACCAGCUGCAGCCUGAUGGCUCCCUGUUCAUCAGCCAGGUGGCUGUAGAAGAUGGCGGCUUUUACACCUGUGUUGCUUUCAAUGGGCAGGACCGAGACCAGCGAUGGGUCCAGCUCAGAGUUCUGGGGGAGCUGACAAUCUCAGGAAUGCCCCCUACUGUGACAGUGCCUGAAGGUGACACUGCCAGGCUGUUGUGUGUGGUAGCAGGAGAAAGUGUGAACAUCAAGUGGUCCAGGAACGGGCUACCUGUGCAAGCUGACGGCCACCGUGUCCACCAGUCUCCAGAUGGCACGCUGCUGAUUUACAACUUGCGGGCCAGGGAUGAGGGCUCCUACACAUGCAGCGCCUACCGGGGGAACCAGGCAGUCAGCCACAGCACCGAGGUGAAGGUGGUAUCACCAGCACCCACUGCCCAGCCCAGGGACCCUGGCAGGGAAUGCAUCGACCAGCCAGAGCUGGCCAACUGUGAUUUGAUCCUGCAGGCCCAGCUCUGUGGCAAUGAGUAUUACUCCAGCUUCUGCUGUGCCAGCUGUUCCCGUUUCCAGCCUCACGCUCAGCCCAUCUGGCAGUAGGGAUGAAGGCCAGCUACAGCCCCAAUCCAAAGUAGUUCACAGGGCUGGGGAGAAAGGAAGAUGGACUCUUGGCUUCCUCUCUGGCUGGCAAACAGUUAUCGUCUGGAAUACAUUAGCCCUUUCAAAAACCCACCCAGUGUUUAGCCUAAACAGCAAGUACCAGCUUCCCUCUAGCUUUCAGCAGUGUUUGCAUCUCUGACAUAAAUAUAGGCUGCUGUUGUCAAGAAGAGCAAUCUGUUUGUUUGGUUGAGAACAGCCUUUACUUUUUAAUAGGUUUCCUUUAUAAUUUGUUAGAUACGACCAGUCCAAUGCAUUUUUUUUUUUUUGAGACAGAAUUUUGCUGCCCAGGCUGGAGUGCAAUGGUGUGAUCUUGCCUCACUGUAACCUCUGCCUCCCAGGUUCAAGUGAUUCUCCAGCCUCAGCCUCCUGCAUAGCUGGGAUUACAGGCAUGCGCCACCACACAUGGCUAAUUUUAUAUUUUUAGUAGACAUGGGGAUUCUCCAUGUUGGUCAGGCUGGUUGCAAACUCCCGACCUCAGGUGAUCCACCUGCCUUGGCCUCCCAAAGUGCUGGGAUUACAGGCGUGAGCUCCCGUGCCUGGCCCAUCAAUGGUGUUUUAAAGCUAGCUAUCAGGGCUCCACUUGAUUUAAAGCUGGGCAGGCACAUGUAUAAUGAUUUCAAAGUUAACACCUGUUUUAUAAGGGGACUGCCAACUCCUGCUGUAUCAGGAAAGUAUUCUGUGCUAGAACCAACCAUAGUUCAUUGUUCUAGUCUCUUUCACCCUUCUAGGCAGUGCUGCAAUCAGCUCUAAAUCCAGUGCAGAGGGUUAACAGCAUAACCCUUGUUGGCAAAAUGGAAUAGAUGUAAGACCUCAAAUAGAGAUUUGGGAUGAAACAGCUGCAGGUAGCACUGUUACCAGAGCAUGAAAGAACCGGAAAAGCUCCUUACAUCAUCGAGAAUGUUGGACCUUGAAAGACGCAAAGCUGGCUGUGAAGGUUCAUCUGACACCUGUAUAAAGCUGACCAGCCUGCUCUGUACAGUGACAGUGAAGAGCCCUCUCUUCCUUAAGUAGGAAUCUGUGAAGAAAAAUUCUUGCUGCCAGAGAAAAAUCAGACUGUUAUUAAAAACGGCAUUAGCAGGAUGGAGAUACCAAGGGGGAAGGGUUGUGGGCAUUGUAGUAACAGGGAAAUGGCUUCAGAAAUGGCUUGAGUUGGAAGACAUCAUUUUCAUCUCUCAGAACCUCUAAUUCUUUUUGCUAAAACAAGAGGCAUGAAAUCUAUGAGCUUCCAAGUCCCUUUGCACUUUAACCUUCUACAAAUCUUCCAGAGGACUGCCUAGUAGCAAAGGUUAUUCCUGGACACAGGAAAGACAGGCAUCACAGGGACCAAACCUCUGAAAGGUGACUUUUAUUACCAACACACUGGAUGGAAAAGGGACAAACCACAUCAUGGGUGAGUGAUACUUCUCAGUCUACUACUCAUUCAACAAAGGAAACGUGGGCUGGGGCAGAGGUCUGUCUUCAUCUAAUAGUGGAAAAAUACUGAAGAGCAUCCACAUUCACUUACCAUGGCUGAUUUUGCCAUAGAAAUUGGAAAAUAAAGGCCACUUUCUUG